AUUUUAUAAUGAGCGACGAUCGAGAGCGACUCAUUCACGAACACUCUCCCGAAAGCAGUUCCAAGAACUCGGCCUUUGAAGACGACACCCUAACAGUAGAGAUCGAAGGUGUGGAUGGAGUAGCCGAUAAAAAACGCGAUGAGUACAGUAUUGAAUACGAUACUGAAGAAGAGUACUCUGAUUCUGCAUCUGAAGCAGGCGCAGAUGACGAUGGAAAUGAUAAUGACGACGUAGAGCUGGGAGUGACCUCGGGAAAAGGAAAACGGAAAAGCGUGAACAUCCAGGACAACGAUGACGUCAUCAGGGUCGAAAGAAGGAGUUCCAGACGCCCCUCGCGAGCUCACAGGUCAAGUUCGCGUAGUAGUAACUCUAUCAGGCUGAGAAACCAGAGAUUGCUCAGUUUAAGAAGCAGAUCACAAUCCUAUAAAAAGAAGUACUGCUAUGAUAAAGAGGGGAAAGGAUUCAGAGGCCCGAUUGACGUUCGUGAUGUGCGAAAGUUAAAUUUAAAAGACCAAGCUACUAAAAGGAGACUCGACUACUAUCGAGGUCUUGACAAAUUCUCGAAUAGCAAUCUCCUGGAAGUGCCUUCACAUGUCAUCCCACUGUCAUUCUACGCUGUGCUCCCGAUCGAGCCAGGUGUCAAACAGAGUUCUAUAGUCACCAUUUUUGCGAUUGGCAACCUGAUGAUUGGCACCAGCAGUCUAUCAAUGCCCUGGGCCAUCCAGCAGGCUGGACUUCUCAUGGGCCUCUUCCUCAUUCUCUUCAUGUGUGCCUUAGCUUGCUACACGGUUCUUGUCGUUGUCAAUCUUACUUUCACAUACGAGGCCAAUUUCAACGGGGGUAAACCUGUGGACUUUUCGGAUGUAUGUCAGCACUACUUGGGUCCAGUGGGUAAAUGGGCGGCUGUAAUCUGUUCCCUCUUAGCCAUCGUUGGUGCUAUGUUCGCCUACUGGAUUCUCAUGACCAACUUCCUCUACAAUGACAUUUCAUUCAUAGUUGAUUCGAUCUCAUCUGGCUCUGUGGAUCAUAGUGACGACUACAAAGAGUGUAUCUGUACUGAGCAUACCAACUCCUCCUUCUACUACUCCUGUUUCCGAGACAGCCAAAACUCAUCUGGUCUCACUCCCUUCAGCACAGACAGCGGCGAGAGUGAAAUAUACAAGAAAGUGUGGGAUCAGACCAACACAGUGCCUUUCUUCCUCAUUCUUCUCGUGGCGCCUCUCAUCAAUUUCAAGAGUCCCACCUUCUUCACCAAGUUCAACUCUCUCGGCACAGUUUCGGUCGUCUACGUGAUGUGUUUUCUGAUCAUGAAGGCCUGCUUCUGGGGCGUCAAUGUGACUGAUCUCAACUAUCCAUUCCCAGACGAGUCAAAUGUGCCAUUGUUUGGAGCUCAAUUUGCAUCACUCAGUGGAAUUGCAAUGCUGGCCUUUUUCUCGCAUAAUGCAGCAGUUACGGUGCUGAGAAAUCAGAAAAACCCUGAAAACAAUACCCGAGAUGUGAUUCUGGGCUAUAUGGUGGGACUGUGUACGUACCUCUGCUCUGGAUUUGUGUUCUACCUGUCAUAUCCACUCAACAAGAGCUGCAUCCAACAGAACCUGCUGGACAACUUCGGGUCUUCGGACAUCUUCAGUUUUGUCGGCCGUAUCUUCCUUUUCUUCCAGAUGCUGGCUGUGUUCCCUCUUCUUGCCUAUGUUGUCAGACUGCAGUUCUACUACUCAUUCUUCCACAACUCAGAUCCAUCAUACGUGCAGAUUGUGUCUCUGAAUCUGAUCGCUAUCUGUCUCUGUGCAGUUGUCGCUUUCAUCAUCCCCAGCAUCGGAACUGUCACAAGAUUCUCCGGAGCAAUUUCUGGAGCAGUUUAUGUCUCUAUCUUGCCAUGUCUCGGAAUCAUGCAACGUCAGAGGAUGGAAGGAAAGCUGACAAAGUGGUCAGUUUUGCUGAAUGGAUCAAUAUGCGUCAUCGGUGUAGCUAACUUAAUCGCACAGUUCUUCGUCAAAGAAUAAAUAAACUUAGCGUUACAAAAUAAAUACAAAUCACUAUUGAAUUUAAAUACCGAUGUGACAUAAUUGAGUAUUAGAUUAUU